AUGGCAAACACCGACGUAAAGGGCCUUCUGUCGAAACUAACCCUUGAGGAAAAGAUUUCCUUGCUCGCGGGUUCCAACUUCUGGGAGACCGUGGCCAUUCCCGAAAAGGGUGUUCCCGCUCUCAAGACGUCUGAUGGCCCCAAUGGCGCACGAGGUGGCAAGUUCCAGGGCAGUGUGACUGCUGCUUGCUUUCCCGCCGCCUGCAACGUUGCGUCGACCUUUGACGUCGACAUCGCUCGUCACCUAGGCGUGGCCCUCGGCGUGGAAGCUCUCACCAAGGGUGCUCGCUGCAUAUUAGGGCCAACCGUAUGCGCCCACCGUCAUCCUCUUGGAGGUCGAAAUUUCGAGAGCUACUCCGAGGACCCCUAUCUGACUGGCAAACUCGCCUCGCAAAACAUCCAGGGCAUCCACGUCGACACCAUCGUCAGUGAUCGGGCCCUGCGGGAGAUCUACAUGAAGACCUUUGAGAUCGCUAUCAAGGAGGCAAAUCCCCAUGCCGUCAUGACGUCCUAUAACAAGAUCAAUGGCUGCCAUGCUGACUCGCAUCUCUUUCUCCUUCAGACUAUCUUGCGGGGAGAAUGGGGCUGGGACGGCCUCGUUGUGAGUGACUGGGGUGGUGUGAAUUCAACCGUCGAGUCACUUAUUGCUGGCGUCGAUCUCGAGAUGCCUGGCCCAACUCGCUGGAGAAAGGUUCAGAGCGUGGUCGAAGCUGUCGAAGCUGGGAAACUAUCAGAACAAGUUAUCGACGACAGGGCUCUCCAUGUCUUGGAGUUUCUUAAGCUCCACGGCUGCUUUGAAAACCCAGAGAUCCCGGAGGAGCAGGCUAUCAACCGGCCUGAGCAUCAAAUGCUUAUUCGUGAAGCUGGUGCCAAGGGCAUGGUUCUACUCAAGAACGAUGGCGGACUUUUGCCUUUGACUAAGGACAAGGUCAAGGGGAAGAAGAUUGCAGUCUUGGGUCUUGCAAAGGAAUGCCUCGCCCACGGCGGUGGCAGUGCUUCUGUCAGCAUGCAUUACAAGAUCACCCCAUGGGGAGCCCUUCAGAACGCCUUCGAGAACCAGGACGUUGAACUGACAUUUGCCGAGGGCGCUCGCACUAUGCGUCAGCUGCCUCUCAUCACCCAGCAUACCAAGGAUGUCGAGGGCAACCCCGGCUUCACCUGGCGCAUGUUUGAAGUUGGCAAAUCCGAACCCUACAGAGUCAUUCACGGCCACCCCAACUCUGAGGUAUCGAUCCACGAUAUUAUGUAUAUCGUCAAUACCUCUGUUGAGCUCGAGGGAAUCUUUACGGCCCCUGAAACAGCUACCUACUACUCUACCCUCACUGGCUUGGGCCCUUCCAAGGUCAUCAUCAACGGAAGUCUUCUAUACGAGCAGAAGGAAAAGAGCUCUGACCCCAUGGGUUUCCUGCUCGGUGGAGUAUCGGCUCCUCUUGUCAAGUUCGACCUUGAAUCUGGCAAACAAUACAACAUCUUGAUCUCGAGCUCGCCGCCUGAACAUGUUGAGGGCGAGGAUCUUGGAAUCCUCGAAAGCAAGGUUGGCGUACGAUUGGACUAUAUUUCGGCUACCGAGUAUGACAAGGAUCUGCUCACCGAGGCUACUGAUCUCGCCAAGGCAGCCGACUACGCUAUCGUCUUUACGGGCCAUACCCCCUCUUGGGAGACUGAAGGGCAGGAUCAGGUUGGAUUCCACCUCCCCAAGGAUGGUAGUCAGGACCGUCUUGUGUCGGGAGUCGCUGCGGCAAACCCUAACACGAUAGUUGUCAACUCAACUGGCGUGGCUGUCGGAAUGCCCUGGCUAGACCUGGUGAAGGGCCUAGUACAGGCCUGGUUCCCCGGCCAAGAGGCUGGCAACUCUAUCGUUGACGUCUUGACAGGCGUUCAGAACCCUGAGGGCCACUUGACCUGCACGUUCCCCAAGAGACUAGAGGAUUGUCCAGCUUACGGGAAUUUCCCCGGCGAGUAUCAGGGUCGCCAGCUGACUGUCAACUACGCCGAGGGCAUUUUCAUCGAGUACAGGCACUUUGAUACCCUUCCAGCGGACAAUGUCAACUUCCCCUUCGGCUUUGGCCUGUCGUAUACAACCUUUAGCUACUCGGACCUUGUCGUCUCGCCAACUUCUGAAGACAGCUGGACCGUCAGUACCAAGGUUUCCAAUACUGGCAGCCUUCAGGGAGCGGUAGCCGUGCAGGUAUACGUGGGCAAUAGCAUCCGACAGCCCGAAACCCCCAUUAAGACUCUAGCUGGCUUUAAGAAGCAAACCUUGGUGCCUGGUGACUCGGCAGUAGUUGAAGUGCCCGUCUAUGCCCGCGACUUUGCGUCCUGGAGCGAGAAGCAGCAAGAAUGGGUGGUUAGCGCUGGUGAAUAA